GUUCCUUUUUAGAAAUAUAAUUUAGAUUGUGAUCGAGUAGUUACAGUUUUAACAGGUACCGUAGAUAUUAUUACAUUUGUAUUCAGUGUGGGAAACAAAACAACAACAAAAAAAGAUGUUUAUCGUUAACGCUUUGAUCAGAAGGUUCAAGUCCCAUUAUUGUCAGGCAACCACGUCUUAUCGGGGUUUAAAUAGCAAUAAUUCUUAUCAGUAUGUCUCUAAAUGUCACAGUAAGGAAUUUUUAUAUAUCAGCGCGUACUGAAGUGUUUUAUUCCUCUUAUACCACAGCAGUUUGCCAAUGAUGUGGUUUGUCCUCAAAACAAGUUCUUGUUUACGUUAUAGCAGCAAUAAAGAGUCCUUCAGCAUCCUCUCCUUUCCCUCAAAGUUAAUAAUACAAAACAACCCACACAAAUUGCCGUGUUACAGAGAAACCGCAGAGAAGCGUAAACUCCUCUGUCCUGAAGAUGUCAAAAAAACUUCAACUUGCAGCUUUACCUCUGACCAUUACAAAGCGCUGACACUGGAGACUCCUUCCUCUCUAAUAACUUGUAGAUAAAAGAUUUCUUUGGAUAAUAGUUUCAAGAGCUUUUCUACUUGGAACUCUUUCUAACAGGGAAACACACUGUUGGAGGGUUUUAUGGAGGACUUUCCAAGGGUUCCUUCAGGGAGAUGCUUAACGGUUUUCUACAGCUGUCUUCAACCUCUUUCAUAUCCUCUGCAUCAUUACAACGCCUCUUUUCCGAAUAUUUCUUUUAAGUGUCGCCGCCUCAUGCGUCCAGGGUUCCGGGUUCGAUCCCGAGCUCGAGUUACGGCCUGUGCGGAUUUGUCACGUGCUCUUUCAGUGUUCCUCUGGGUUCUCCGGUUUCUUCCAACCUCCCAACCUCCCAAAAACAAGCCACUAUGCUAAAUUGUAAUAAAUCCCUACGUGCAAAUGAGACGGACCGGCAUCCCGUCCAAGACGUAUUCCGCCUCACGUCCAGUGUUCCUGGGAUAGACUUCGGAUCAACAGCCACUGUGACCAGGAUAACACGUUUACCGACACAUCCUCUUGGAAAUUCACUUAUUUGUAAUGAGUUGUAAAAAGAAAUGCAUGUUUACAUUUUCUUACCCAGCCAUCAGUGCAAACCUUUUAAGCGUGAGGAUUUGUCAUUUAUGUUGCAGAGGGGUUUUUUGGGGAAGGUUUGGUUUUUUGUUUUUUUUGUUUUUUGUAAGAGGAAUUUGCUCAGAUGAGAGUCGCUCCAAUCUGGCAACCCUGGAGCACAGGCGCUCCUAUAGAUUUAAAAAGCGGGAGUGGAUGUGAGCUGGAUGACAGAGCCCGGCUGGGAUCAGUGUGAGGAAGAGCACACCGGGAUUAUCAGCAUCAGGAUCGGGAUUAGUUUUGGGAUCAGGAUGCUCCGCUUUCCGUCGCUGCUUGUGCUCUGGCUCGCGCACUUCAUUGACGAGCAUCGAGUUUACGCUGGGAACUGCUGGUACGAGCAGGGGAAGAACGGCCGCUGUCAGAUGCUCUACCUGUCUGAAAUGAGCCGGGAGGACUGCUGCAGGAGCGAGAGGCUCGGCAUGGCGUGGACCGAGGAGGACGUUCCCAGCAACACGUUGUUCCGAUGGCUGCUCAUGCACGGCGGUGCACCAAACUGCAUACCGUGCAAAGAGACGUGUGAUAACGUGGACUGUGGUCCUGGGAAGAAAUGCAAGUUGAACCGGAGAAACAAACCGCGUUGCGUGUGCGCUCCGGACUGCUCCAAUAACACCCUCAAGGGCCCGGUGUGCGGCUCGGACGGAACCACGUACCGCAACGAGUGCGCACUACGCAGAGCCAAGUGCAGGAGAUACCCCAACCUGGUGGCCCAGUACCAGGGGAAGUGCAAGAAGACGUGUAACGACGUGCACUGCCCGGGAAGCUCGUCUUGCGUGGUGGACCAGAACAACAACGCCUACUGUGUGACCUGCGAGCGCGUGUGUCCUGAAGUGACCUCACCCGAGCAGUACCUGUGUGGGAACGACGGCAUCAUUUACGCCAGCGCCUGCCAUCUCCGACGAGCCACGUGCAUUCUGGGAAGGUCCAUUGGGGUGGCCUAUGAGGGCAAGUGCAUAGACGCCCACUCGUGCGACGAUAUCCGCUGCCCAGACGGAAAGAAGUGUCUGUGGGACAUGAGGACGGGUCGAGGACGAUGCUCCGUGUGCGAGAGCGAGUGUCCCGAGAGUCAUCCCGGAGACAGCGUGUGCGCCAGCGAUAACGCCACGUACCGCAGCGAGUGCGAGAUGCAUCGGGCCGCCUGCUCGCGAGGCCUCGUCCUCGAGGUCAAACACUCCGGGUCCUGUAACUGCGUUGACCACUGACUCGUCCUUCCCGUCCCGUCGUACGUGGAUCCCGACCUGCUUCGUCACGUGAAUCAGACAAAGCAGCAACGUUUCAGAUGCGUUAUUACGGGAAGGAACAACAAAAAAAGAUAAUUUUUUCCGAAAAAAACAGACUUCUUUUCUUCCCUUCUCAAGCCAUGAGCUCCUGCGCUGCUGUGUUCCUCGACAAGCAGAGAGAGGAUGAAGAGGAGGAUGAGGAUGAAGGUCUGGAGAAGACAGAUUAUCGCGACUGUGAUGUGUGAAGCGGUGCGACUCGGCUCCGGCGCAGAGUCAGUAUUCAGACUGUACAUAGACAUACACGCUAAUUUAUUUUCCACAAUUAAAAAAAUUUAAAAAAGAAAUAAAAAAAGAAAUAAAAAAAGAAGAGGAAGAUUUCAUAUAGCCGUCUUCUGGAUGUUUAUUUAUGUGUUACUUUUUAUUUAUACACUUAUAAAAAAAGUCCGACUGAAUUUUAUCUUUGAUCUCGUGUAUAAUAUCCACAGAAAAAAGCAGCAUUAUUUAUUUAAAAGGUGCAAUGUGUGAUGUACAGAGAACCGAGAUUGCAUUUUCUCCAGCGUCAUACCCUCUGUGUGUGUGUGUGUGUGUUUAUUCCCUUCUUCUCUAUUUUCCUUAUUUAUUUUGUCCUUCCCAUCUUUCCUUCAUUUUUUUUUACCUCUUUCUUUACUUUCCUUAUUUAAUUUGAUCUUUCCUUAUUCCCUCCCUUCUUUGUCCUUUGCUGUCCAUUCCGUUUCUUCCUUCUUCUUUCUUUCAUUUCCUUCUUUUUCUGAUUCUCUUUUAAUUUCUUCCAUACUUUCCCCAUUUCUUUUCUCCAUCCUUUAGUUCUUUCAUUCCUUUUUUCUUUUCCUUGCUUCUCAUUCUCUUCCUUCCUUUCCUCUUUCUCCUUUUUCCAGUCUUUUUUGUUCUUUAUCUCUUUCCUUUCCUUCUUUUCCCCUUCCUCUAUCUUUUCUUUAUUUCUUUCCUUCCUUCCUAUCUUUCUUUUUCCUUUUCUCGCUUUCCCUUGCUUCUUUCCUUCCCUUCUUCUCUUUCCCCUUCUUCCAAUCUUUUUUGUUCUUUAUUUAUUUUCUUUCCUUCUUUUC